AUGCCUCGAUCGGCGCGUAAGUCCGUGACGGGUGGGCGCACCCCAGGGGUCGGCACCACCUCUGCCCGAGACACAGGCGGCGCCCACUCGGCCGCAGUCAACGCGGGACUCAUUUUGGCCAAAAUGUGCCAAAACAGUGGACAACACCACGCAUUCAACCACAAGAGCAACACUUCCGGUAAGCCAUCCAAACGCUUCCUCCACUUCACCACUCAUUCAAACCCUUCCUCCACUUCACCCCUCAUCACAGGCAUGGCUGCCACCCCUCAGACCGGCGGCGCCGUCGUGUCCAACGCUGGCCUCCCGUCGUCGGCGAAGACGCCGUCGAUCCUCCACUCGAAGAGCGCCCCUCAGAGCCAGUCGUCGGUCGUCUCCUUCAUGGACGACACGUCCAGCUCUCAGUUCGGAUCACUCGUGAACUCUUCGCCGACAUCGAUGUCGCGGAACAACGCGUUCGCCUCACUGGUGGGCGCCGCCACCAAUCAGUUCAACCAAUUCAAUAUGGAUUCGUUGCAAACCAUUCCCAUGAAGAGACGCAAACAGGACCCCAAGACUGGCAAAGGGUUGCGACACUUCUCCAUGAAGGUAGCCCUCCAUCACUUCACUACAUCCAUGUCUUUGUCGAGCUCUUUGUCUUCACCCCUUUGUAACCCAUUUUCAAACCAUUCACUCAAUGGUCUCAUUGUUUGCGAGAAAGUCAAGCUGAAGGGGUCGACCACUUAUAAUGAAGUGGCCGACGAGUUGGUGGCCGAGUUUAGCAGCGACCCUAUCGCGAGUCGGGCGGCCUUCCAGGGCGGGUAUAUGCCCGGAGACCAGGAGCCCUUUGACCAGAAAAACAUAAGGCGUCGGGUGUACGACGCCCUCAAUGUUUUGAUGGCUAUGAAUAUCAUAUCAAAGGAGAAAAAGGAGAUCAAAUGGAUAGGACUUCCCACUAACGCGGCUCAGGAAUGCCUGGAACUGGAGUCGGAACGGGAGAAGCGUUUGGAACGGAUUAAUGUGAAGAAACAGCAGUUAAGAGACCUUUUGUUACAACAAAUAGCAUUCAAGCAAUUGGUUGAACGCAACAAAACCAUGGGUUCAGUGCCGGCCAAUAAUGCACUCAUUUCGCUGCCAUUUAUUAUCGUCAACACCGAGAAGAAGACUGUCAUUGACUGCAGUAUUUCUAACGACAAAACUGAAUAUCUGUUUAAUUUUGACAACACUUUCGAAAUACACGACGACAUCGAGGUUUUGAAGCGCAUGGGUUUGGCCUAUCAUUUAGAGAAGUUAGAGAACGGCCAGACUCUGGACCGCCAGGCGCUCGAAAAGGCCAAACUCAUACUCCCGGAGGCGCUGAGACCCGAGUUGGAGGAGAUGGUGGACGAGAAAGACAUUAAAGUACUUCCGAGAUUUGAAAAUGACUUUCACGACAGACCGACACUCGAGUGA